UUUCAGCAAUACUUUGAAUUAGAAACUUCAAUUCACGCAACAAUUCUUCUAGACUCUUGUCUCAAUAGUAUAGAUGGUUUAACCUUUAUUAUAGAACCUCUUCCAUAUUUAUUUGCUUGUAUGAGCAAAUCAAUCACGUCUUCUAAUCCAAAAAACAAGGGUAAUACUUCUUAUGAUAAAGGGCAACUCCAAAAAUGUAAAGAUUUUUUUCAACUUUUGAUUGAGAGGCUACUCAAAGCCGACAUGACAGAGUUCUCGAUUGAUCCUGCUUCCGAAUUUAAAAUGGCUAGUAAUGAGGGAAUGCGAAAUAAUUUGUCAGCAAACCUUUUACUCGGUUGUUAUGAA